UUUUGUUCCUUGGCAAAACGCUGUCCCUGCGGCCUUAAUCCACUUCCUGUAAACCGAUUCUUUGCCCUCUACCCGCAGUACCGUCGUCAUGCUUUCUCUCCAACCGAUCUCAGUUUUGAGUGCUGGCGCAGAUGAGGAGAAGGCAGAAACUGCCCGAUUGUCAUCCUUUGUCGGAGCAAUAGCAAUAGGAGACUUGAUCAAGACUACCUUGGGCCCCAAGGGUAUGGACAAAAUUCUGUUGUCUUCCGGAGACACCGUCGUUGUUACUAAUGAUGGAGCGACAAUUCUCAAGUCCAUUGGUGUAGACAACCCUGCUGCCAAAAUUUUGGUUGAAAUGAGCAAAGCACAAGAUGAUGAAGUUGGGGACGGUACCACUUCUGUAGCAGUCCUGGCUUCCGAACUUCUCCGAGAAGGAGAGCAGUUGAUCGCUGCCAAGCUCCAUCCCCAAACCAUCAUUCUGGGUUGGCGUGAAGCUGCCAAGUUGGCGAUCGACGCACUGAACUCGGCAGCUGUGGAACACAGCAAAACUUCCACCGAUCUACACACUGAUCCUGGUUUCCGUGAAAAGCUGUUGAAUAUAGCGCGCACAACUAUCAGUUCCAAACUGCUAACGCAACACAAGGAACACUUCGCUAAUCUCGCUGUUGACGCCGUUUUGCGGCUUAAGGGAAGCGGAAAUCUGGACGCCAUCCAUAUCAUCCACAAAUUGGGUGGCACUAUGAUUGAUUCAUAUCUCGACGACGGUUUCUUAUUGGAUAAGCGUCCUGGUGUGAAUCAGCCGAAGCGCAUAGAAAAUGCAAAUAUAUUGAUCGCGAACACUUCCAUGGAUGCCGACAAAAUAAAGGUCUUCGGUAGCAAAAUACAAGUGGACGCUAUUUCCAAGGUCGCCGAGUUGGAAGUAGCCGAAAGACAGAAGAUGAAAGAGAAGGUGGAUAAGAUUCUCAAACAUGGGUGCAAUGUGUUCAUAAACAGGCAACUCAUUUACAACUACCCAGAACAGCUCUUCACUGACGCUGGCGUUAUGGCAAUUGAACAUGCGGACUUCGAGGGAGUUGAACGGCUUGCUCUGGUUACCGGAGGCGAAAUUGUAUCCACUUUCGAUAGCCCCGAUAUCGCCAAAUUGGGCCAUUGCAAGCUAAUCGAGGAAGUCACCAUAGGGGAGGACAAACUGCUUCGAUUCAGUGGGGUUCCCAUGGGUGAAGCUUGCACCAUUGUGCUACGCGGUGCUACCCAGAGCAUACUGCAAGAAGCCGAACGCUCAUUGCACGAUGCCCUAUGUGUUCUUUCUCUGACUGUGAAGGAUCCACGCACAGUUUGCGGUGGUGGUGCCAUGGAAAUGUGGAUGGCCGAAGCUGUCACUCGGGGUGCUGCUGAAACUCCCGGAAAGAUCUCGUUGGCCAUGGAGGCCUUUGGUCGAGCACUGCGACGUUUACCACUGAUAAUCGCUGAUAACGGUGGUUAUGACAGCGCUGAUUUGAUCUCUCAACUCAGGGCAUGCCACACCAAAGGACAGAACACAAUGGGGCUUGAUAUGGUCAAUGGUGUCGUAGCUGACAUGAACGCUUUGGGAAUUUUGGAGUCAUAUCGCGUGAAGUAUCAGCUGGUUGUUGCUGCAUCCGAGGCUGCCGAAAUGAUUAUGCGUGUGGAUGACAUUAUCAAAUCUGCACCUCGCCGUCGUGGUCCUCCGCGAUGUGGCUAAUAAAUGCGACUAAGUAUUUCCCCCUUGUCCCGGUCGUUUUUGAUCAAUAAACACCAUAUCGCUAUAUCAAUACAUUUUCUAUUCUAACUGGGAUUUAGGUUUAUCAUGCAACAUAACCUGGCUUCUGCGUUCCAUACUGUUCGGUUAUUUUUCAAUUCGGUAUAA